AUGCCGCAGCUGGACGGAGGAGGAGGAGAUGAUUUGGGAGCCAACGACGAGUUGAUCUCGUUUAAAGACGAGGGGGAGCAGGAGGAAAAGACUGCCGAGAAUGUGUCCUCUGAGCGGGACCUGGACGAUGUCAAGUCUUCGCUGGUCAACGAAACGGAGAACAACAGCAGUUCGUCUGACUCCGAGGUAGCUAACGUUAGUUUGUCUAGCUAGAUAACUAGCUAGCCAGCUAGGGACAGAAGAUUGAAUCACUAUAUUAACCAGUACAGUACUAACCUUUGUCUUCUAGCUACCAAUCUACUGUGUUUUUUGGCAAACAACAAUGUUUGUGUGUGUUUGUCAGCAGGCAGGCAGUCAUAGACGUCCCCAGCAUCACAUACCAGAUUGGGAGAGUUAUGUCAGACAGAGAGAGUUCGUUGCAGAAGGUAAAACACCACAAACUCAUAGUAAAACUGUAACACUGUAUACCUGUAGCUCUACUUUGAUCCUUCAUAUGAGUUCCCCCUUUUUCUCCUCUCCUUCCUUAUCUUUCCUAUCUCUCCCUCCCAGUCCAUUCCUUUAUUUCUCAGUUCAUUUCAAAAAGCUGUGUUUAAAUGAGAAUCUUACAUGCCUUACAAGAAACACAGAACAUAUAGCAAUAAAUCAACAACUACAAACAAUCUUGCCCUGGAGGCAGCCCUGUAGAGUGGUCACUAGCUGGCACAGCCACAGUCAUAACAUCUGCUUUUAAACCUAACCUUAAACACACUUCUAACCCUAAUGCCUAACCUUCAAUUAAGACCAAUUUGUGUUUAUAUGAAUUUUUACGAUAUAGCCAAUUUUGACUUUGCAGCUGGCCCAUCUAGUGGAAACCGCACCGUUCUGCCUCCAGAACCCUCCUCUCUCCAACCUGCCCCCCCCCCCCCCCCCCCCCCCCCCCCUUUCUCUCUCAAUUCAAUGAGCCCUGUAGACAAGAGAAGUCACUGUCUUACAUGCUACCAAAGCAACAAAACAGAUCAUAAUAGAUUGACAACAACCCAUCCCCUGUCUAUCCCCCAGCUCUGAGGAGACAGCAACACGACAGUGGGAUGUUCAAGGCAUCUCUGUACGCUGGCUAUCCCUUACUGAUGAUCCCUGACCUGGGUAACCUAGCCAACCUGGGUCACUUGGGGAACCUUGGCAACCCCUACCUCUCUCCUGGAGUCCUCUCACCCGGCACCAGGACGGUGAGUCAGUCACAUGCACGCAGGAACAUGCAUCACACACACACACACACCUACUCUGUUAUUGUUCUUAUUAUUUUUGCAUGUACUAACAUAGCUGUCUGUGUGUGGUGGCUGGCGGUGUGUGUAUCUAGUGUGUGUGUGUGGGAUGUCUGGUGUGUGUUAUAUGGGACUGUGAAUGAUGAGUUGUGUGUCUGUGUGUGUGCUCCGACUCCGAGCAGUGUGGUGUGUCUCAUAGCGAUUAAUAGUGUGCUAACACACUGGCACUACCGCAGUAGACAGGCCUCAACAUAGCCCUGAUAAAACACUGCUGCUGGAAUGUGUGUGACAGAGAGCGGGAAAGAGAGGCUACAGUAUUUCUGUCAUCACCAUCCAUGUGUAACUAUGUUACAGUUGUAGCUAACGUUGUUUCUUUAGUUUGCUUUCUGUGUUUUGAGAUUGAGGCCCUCUUUGGGUAUCUUCACUCUAAACCGUGUAUGUGUAAGGAGACAUAAAACCUUAGAUCAGAAUGUUCGCUUUUUAAGUCUGAUGUGGAAAUGUUUCCCUUCGACACAACUGGUAGUAGUUUUUAUUUUUCCAUAUACAUUAACCCCCCCCCCCCACAUACAUACACACACCCUGUCUGCCUGCCUUUACAUUCCCCUCCCCAGGUAUUAAUGGGAUAUAGUUGUCAUUAGGAGGAGGUGGAGAAGCUGAAUGGACCUAAUGCUGUUCUCAACAGGAGAUCAUUCCCACACACACAGUGGUUGAUACUCCUUCCUCCUCCCCCAGCCUUCCUCCCCUAUUAGAUGGUGAGAGAGAUGCCCGCUUCUCUGUCUGAGAGAAGAUAAACAUACUAAUGUUAACUGUACAAUAGCUGAACCAUAGCACACCAUCUACCCUCACCGAAAUAUAGACCAAAACUGUAGGGUUAUGCACAAUAGUAAGGGUGAAAUCAGAUUCAGUAACAAAAGGACAUAUCUCCUCUCUAGGACUGGAAGUUAAUUUUGAAAGUGGUGCUCACGAGCCAAAAUUGGUCCUUUAAAAAAAAAAUGUAGUACGUCAUCCAAUUUUGUACUACGUCAUCCAUUUCGUAUGAUGUGUAAUAAUAAUAAUUUAUAAUAUACAAAUAAUUAGUAUGAUAUGUUACGAAUCCAAUUAGUACAAUAUGUUGCAAAUUUGUUGUGCUUAAUAUCCUGGACUGCAUCAUUUAAGUCUGUAGCUCUCCAGGACCAGGGCUUGAUGUUGGUAGAAACCCUCAGCCUUUUCGUAAAUGCUGUUUCCCACGGAUACUGUAACUCAUAGUAACCCCAGGGAGAGUUGUUCAGGGACCUUUUCCUCUUUUAACACACACACACUGUUGAGUUGGUUAAGGCUUCCACAUGCUUUGGUUGAGUGUGCUCGCAUACUCAACAUGACCAAAAGUAUGUGGACACCUGCUUGUCGAACAUCUCAUUCCAAAAUCAUGGACAUUAAUAUGUAGUUGGUCCCCCUUUGCUGCGCAGUGGUCUAAGGCACUGCAUCGCAGUGCUAGCUGUGCCACUAGAGAUCCUGGUUCGAAUCCAGGCUCUGUCGUAGCCGGCCGCGACCGGGAGACCCAUGGGGCGGCGCACAAUUGGCCCAGCGUCGUCCAGGGUAGGGGAGGGAAUGGCCGGCAGGGAUGUAGCUCAGUUGGUUUGCAACGCCAGGGUUGUGGGUUCGUUUCCCACAGGGGGGCCAGUAUAAACAUUUUUUUUUGUUAAAAUAAAAAAAUAAAACAUUGUAUGCACUCACUAACUGUAAGUCGCUCUGGAUAAGAGCGUCUGCUAAAUGACAAAAAAUGUAAAUAACAGCCUCCACUCUUCUGGGAAGGCUUUCCACUAGAUGUUGGAACAUUGCUGCAGGGAUUUGCUUCCAUUCAGCCACGAGCAUUAGUGAGGUUGUGCACAGAUGUUGGGCGAUUAGGCUCGCAGUCAGUGUUCCAAUUCAUCCCAAAGGUGUUCGAUUGGGGUUGAGGUCAGGGCUCUGUGCAGGCCAGUCAAGUUCUUCCACACCGAUCUUGACAAACCAUUUCUGUAUGGACCUCGCUUUGUGCACAGGGGCAUUGCCAUGCUGAAACAGGAAAGGGUCUUACCAAACUGUUGCCACAAAAUUGGAAGCACAGAAUCGUCUAGAAUGUCAUUGUAUGCCGUAGCGUUAAGAUUUCCCUUCACUGGAACUAAGGGGCCUAGCCCGAACCCUGAAAAACAGCCCCAGACCAUUAUUCCUCCUACACCAAACUUUACAGUUGGCACAAUGCAUUCGGGCAGGUAGCGUUCUUCUGGCAUCCACCAAACCUAGAUUAGUCCGUCGGACUGCCAGAUGGUGAAGCGUGAUUCAUUACUCCAGAGAACGCGUUUCCACUGCUCCAGAGUCCAAUGGCGGUGUGCUUUACCCCACUCCAGCCGACGCUUUGCACUGCGCGUGGUGUUCUUAGGCUUGUGUGUGGCUGCUCGGUCAUGGAAAGACAUUUCAUGAAGCUCCUGACGAACAGUUAUUGUGCUGACGUUGCUUCCAGAGGCAGUUUGGAACUCGGUAGUCAGUGUUGCAACCGAGGACAGAUUAUUUUUACGCGCUUCAGCACUCAGUGGUCCCUUUCUGUGAGCUUGUGUGGCCUACCACUUCGCAGCUGAGCCGUUAUUGCUCCUGGACGUUUCCACUUCACAAUAACAGCACUUACAGUUGACCGGGGAAGCUCUAGCAGGACAGACAUUUGGAAAGAUGGCAUCCUAUGACUGCCACGUUGAAAGUCGGUGAGCUCUUCAGUAAGGCCAUUCUACUGCCAAUGUUUGUCUAUGGAGAUUGCAUGGCUGUGUGCUCGAUUUUAUACACCUGUCAGCAACGGGGGUGGCUGAAAUAGACGAAUCUGCUAAUUUGAAGGGGUAUCCACAUACUUUUGUAUAUAUAGUGGACCUUCAACCUUCAUUUGGAAACAAGAAAAAAGCGGCAAUAGUACUGUUUGUCCGUCUUGAGACGCCGUGGCCAGUAUACACUUCCUCUAAACAGUCAUACUUAAUCUAAGAACUCAAAAUCUGUCAUUCAUUUUGUUGUUUAUGCUGAUGCGAUCUUAGUCACAAUUUUUAGUCUCUCGUUGAAUGACGACAAACACUUAAUUGAGGAGUCCCUACUGUUGACCUAUCACGACGAAGGGGCGUAUACUUCGGCAUGCCCCGAGAUAAAAAAUUAUUGCCUAGGGUCAAAAUGUCGUUAUAAUAUAUGCACAAGCUGUUUCGGAUGGGAAGCAUGCAGAGCCUUUAGAGUUAGACAGGAGUGUUGGAGAUGGAGGCAGACGUGUGGCUCAGGUUUCUCACUCAGGUAGCUUUCAACACACGCACACAAUCGGUUGUCAGUCACCCCUGGGCAUUAGUGAAUUUCAGGAGGGAAUGUGUGGAGAGAUUAGUGACUGUUCUAACACACCUCUCUCCCUCUCUCUUUGUAUGUGUAAAGGUUGGUGAUGUUGACAGCCUUCUCUCCUGGAAUUUUAAGACCAGUGAGACAAUAUGGAGUAACCACAGGCCAGAGGGCCUCACACUUAACAUAAACACACACUGCAACCUUUACACACACACAGACUUGCACAUUAUGUCUGAAGCGUGCACUCACAUGGGACAAUGUCUGCAGUAGGGAUGUGCAUGGUUAUUCGAAUAUUGUGUGUAUUCAUUUUUGCAAAAAUAAAUAAAUAUAGGCCUAUUAUGACACAGAAAAGGCUUUUUCUAAAUUGAAUUAAAAUAUCCUUGUCAUUUUUGCAUACACGGAUUUACCAUGACAUUUCAAAUGAUUCAUUUAAUAAAACAAACUUUUCAAUGUAAUUUUUAUGAUGUGUGCCCCAUAAAAAGACCGGUAGCCUUCACGUGUGUAACGUUGGCUUGUUGUUUAUGUUGGCCAAUGAAAGCGACCGAGGCUCAAUGUGUAGUAAGUGGAGUGAGAGUUCACUAAUGCAAUGCAAGAUGGAAUAAAAUGACAGAAUUAAAAGUUAGCAAAGUGAGAAGUAGGCUACAACGAGCAACCAAAAGGCAGGCUGUUGUUUUAUCUGAAUGGUGUUGGGGAGAAAGCGCAGCAUCAAAGUCUAGCUAGCUAUAGCUGGCUAGCUUCUUCCAGGCAAGACAGGCACUGUUAUAUGGGAUGAUAAAUAACAUUGUGGCUGCUACAAGUUAGGUCGUUUUGGCUGUAGCCGAGUUGUCUCGCUCUCCCUCCGUCUGCUCGCUCCCAUCUGAACUCACAGAUGGAAGCUGCAUUAGUAGAGUACCAGCCUCUCCCUCUCGCAGCAGUGCUCAGGUUAGAACCGUGUUUAAAAAGCCACAUUGAAUAUACAGAUAUCCAACAAAAAAAUCAUGUCAUUUGAAUAGUGAUAUACACUGAACAAAAAUAUAAACGCAACAUGUAAAGUGUUGGUCCCAUGUUUCAUGAGCUGAAAUAAAAGUUCCCUGAAAUGUUCCAUAUACACACACAAUCGUAUUUCUCUCAAAUUGUGUGCACAAAUGUGUUUGUCCUUGUUAUAAUAAUCCUUCCACCUGACAGCUGUGGCAUAUCAAGAAGCUGAUUAAAUAGCGUUCAUAUUAUUACACAGAUGCACCUUGUGUUGGGGACAAUGAGCAGUUUUGUCACACAACACAAUGCCACAGAUGUCUCAAGUUUUAAAGAAGCGUGCAAUUGUCAUGGUGACUGCAGGAAUGUCCACCAGAGCUGUUGCCAGAUAAUUGAAUGUUAAUUUAUCUUCCAUAAACCACCUCAAACGUCGUCUUAGACGUCCAAUCGGCCUCACAACCGCAGACCACGUGUAUAGCGUCGUAUGGGCGAGCAGUUUGCUAAUGUCAACAUUGUGAACAGAGUGCCCCAUGGUGGCGGUGGGGUUAUGGUAUGGGCAGGCAUAAGCUACGGAAACCAAAACAAUUGCAUUUGAUCAAUAGCAAUGGGAAUGCACAGAGAUACCGUGACGUGAUCCUGAGGCCCAUAUUGACCAACGGAUGCAUAUCUGUAUUCCCAGUCAUGUGAAAUCCAUAGAUUAGGUCCUAAUGAAUGUAUUUAAGUUGACUGAUUGUCCUUGUAUGAACUGUAACUUAGCAAAAUAUAAAACAAUUUAGAAUUUUAAUAUUUCUGUUCAGUGUGUGUAUAUAUAUUUUAAAAAAUGUCCCAUCUAGUUUGCAGAGCUAAACUGAUGUGGACUUAAGUUCCUUUGUUUUUCUCUGAACUACACAAACUAUUCUGUUGGAUUCUGCAAUCAAACGUUUUUGCAACAUACAAAGAAAGAUAAAUUAUGCUACCUAAUGCUGUUCACACAGCUUUUUAUUUAUGGUGAAUAGUGUUUACAAAACUGCUUAUGAAACCUAUUAUGCUAAAUUAAGGAGGAAAAAGAGAGAGAAAGGGUGUGUAUGUGUGUAGGCUUCAUCAGUAUGGUAUUUCUAACAGCUGGUUUCAGUUAGAGCUCACAGCCAGAACUUCCUGGGGCCUUGGGAUGGGGGUAUGUGUGUGUAGUCGAGUGAGUGUGUGUGUGUGCGUGUGUGUGAGAGGUAGCAAUAGAGAGUAUGGAGGAAGGGCUGCUCAGCCUCUCUCACACACACUUUCUCUCCUUGUGCAGUGAACACACACUCCCUGUACAGGCAAACACCUAUGUUCUUGUGGUGCUCAUUAUUUUAGUUUUAUUUGACCUGCUACAUAAUGGGACUCAAUGUAGCAUGUUGGUCUGCUGUGAACAUUACAAAGUUCUCAAACGUUUUGGGGCCGGGGACCCAUUUUGUGAUGGCGAAUUCAUCAGGGACCCCCUCAUAAUCACAACACAAAGAGUACAGGGAGUUUUACUAUGACUUUGGCAGUGCGUGGCCGGACGAACCAAGUUUCGGGCCCUGGGAAGGAACAUUUUAAAUGCCAAUCUUGGCAUCGGAGAGAACAUUUUAGCAAAUGUUCUGCAAUUCUGCACAUUUGGUAAUGGGGCAGAGAGAAAACUUUGCAGUUUUAAAGCUUAAAUUACAGUACAUUUAUGUUUGUAAUUUUUGGAGACCGAUAUCCCAGUGAGCAUCCCAGGCCCAGGUGGCCCAGGGUUAAGAACAUAAACUGUAGAUUUAAUAAUAUUAUAUUACACUCUCAAUUUAUUCCUAAAUUAAUUUAAUCUGUUAGUAUUAUUCUUUUUUUUUUUUAAGUACCCCUGCAGUACCUCCGCGGACCCUGUACACUUUGAGAACCCCUGCAUUAUACCCAUGUCACACACAUUCUAUCUCCCUUUCUAUGGCACAUCUUGCUACUCCUCUCUCGACCUCUCUAGGUCACUUUCUACCUCAAUAUACUUGUCCCUACAAGCACCACAGGCACAGAUACUAGACCUCUGUACUCUUGCAUAUUGCCAUGUCCAUUUUUAGCCCUCUCUUAUCCUGUCUUCCUUCCUUCCUUCCUUCCUUCCUUCCUGUCUCACCUCCUUUGAGUGGAGACUGACCACUGAGUUGUUGUGCUCGACGUCAGUGUUUCCCCUACAUGCAUUUAGCAGUGGUUCACUGCCGCUGCUAAAUCGUGGCCGCCACUUGGUUGGGGUGGGGUUCAGGAAGGUAAAACGUUUUCAGUGUAAACUUAAAUGGCUAAAACCAGAUGUAAAGUAUGUAGAAAAGAUAAUAGAGCAAUGUAUUUUUUAAUAAGAUCAUAUUUGAGAACUAACAAUCACCAAAAUAAAAACUAGACAGGGAGAAUCUGAAAUUCCAAAAAUGUCAUGGCAAUGUUUCAGUCACUCAGAUAGCAUAAGAGCAAGGCAUAUGCCAUGACCAUUGCAGAAUUGCAGGAGAUUAGCUUUAAAACUGUAAACUGUUCUAACUGCCUCAUGGCAAAAUGUGUAUAAUUGCAGGAAAUUGGCUUUAAAACGGCAACAACUAAAAGAUCUGCGGCCAAGAGGACAUCUAAACCCGCGCAAUUGCCCACGCACACUACCACAUCCCCCUUCCCCCCCGCUAAUUUUGCCACCGCUGCUGGAAAAAAUCCUAGGGGAAACACUGUAUGUUUAAGCACUGGUUGUGUGUGUGCACUGCUUUUCUAAAAACAAGCGUUCCCACACAUAAACCCUAAUGUAGAGAGACGUGCAGCUGGAGUCUGACUGAUACACUCACUAGAUAGUGGGUGGGUGUUUGUCAGUUUUGUCAGUCUGCAUACAGUAAUCUGACCAGGACCCAUGUCAUCGGAAUUCACUUCUCUCUCGCUCCCCCCUUCUCUCUCUCACCUAUCACACUCUGUAACACACACACACACGUGUCGCACACACACGUGUCACACACACAUCCUCCCAGCUGUUCCCUUGUCCUCCCCCAUACGUCCCUCCAUAGACACCCCUCUUCAUACCGUUUCACGAUAUGUAAUUUUUGUCCAUGAAAUCUUUUUUAAUAUGUAGUGCAUGCAAACAAUUUAAAAAAGUUGUAUGUUUUAAAUCACUCGCUCGCUCUCUCUCUCUAGUAUCUACAGAUGAAGUGGCCCAUGCUGGAUGUUCCUGGAACUUCUGCUUUAAAAGACCCUCGCUCUCCCUCCCCUGCUCACAUGGUGAGUGUGCACUUCAGUCUAGCGACUAUGCAGUGACAUCACCUGCCCUGACAUAUAACAUCUAAAAGGCCAACUGUUGCUCACAGAGUAACAAGCUAGCUUCUUGCUACGUACUUUGCUGAAGUACCUUGUUUUUCCUACAAAGCUUACCCUGGUUAGUAACCCUGCUCUGCUACUAUCAGCCGUUUAGCAUGUCUCCCAGAGUGUCCACACACAGCACUCAGGUGACCUGACUCCUGACCUCCCUCACCCUCUCCAGGCUCGCUCACACACACACCCUCCUGACCUCCCUCAAACCUGCUGCAGACAGACAGACGCUGGAAUGUUAAAGCUGAAUGGUGUUAAUCCGUCCAGAGACAUUGAGGACUUUAGCACCUCUGGGUGGUGUGGGUGGUGUGUGCAGCGAUGGCUGUGUGUGUUUUCUGACACAGAGACCGGGACAGUGAGUGUGUAUGAGAUGAGUGUGUGUAUGUGACAGAGUGUGUGUUGGGUAUCUGAGGAGAGCUCUGAAGACCUGGUGGAGGACUGACCCCCUGUCACUGAUACAGCCAGUCAGCCCAGAAACACCCCCAGCCCCUACGCCCUAGGGCCAAGGCUCAUGUCAAUUUGAAAGCGUUAUAUAGCCAAGUUAUGAGCAAUAUGGUGCAAAUUCCAACUAGGGGAGAAACAGUGAAACCUUGUGGCCAGGUGCCGUAUUACCACUACUCUGUUCCAAAUCUAAUCCCUGCCUCCUCCCUCUCUAUAUCUCCCUCUCUUCUCUCUCUAGUCCAAUAAGGUACCAGUGGUGCAGCACAGUCACCUGUCCCCCUUCUCCCCCCUCCUGUCCUACAGUCCAGACCGCUUCCCCCCACAGACACCACCUCCUCACCUCUCAGCGGACACAGGUAUGAAAUUUCCUCUCCUCCCUCUUUCUACCUUUGUCUGGAAUGCUCAGUAUAAAUGUUAAAUCCUAGGUGAUUCACAUUUUACGUUUGAUAUCUGUCAGAUGACACUUGUUGCUAUAUAAAAACAGAUCUAUAUGUUGCUCUCCCCUCUCCAGGUCUUCCCCCUACCCCCCACCCAGCAGAGCUCUCUCCCUACUACCCUCUCUCUCCUGGAGGCAUAGGACACAUGACACACCCUCUGGGCUGGCUGUGAGUCACACACACACACACGCUCAUUCAAACUCUCAUGGUGAAUACAUUAAUGGUUUAGUUUAUUUUGGCAACAAUUUCUAGCACAACAUAUGCUAUUACAAAAGUAACACUGUUUCCCCUCUCUCACAUUCUGUCUCCAGACAGGGCCAGUCCAUGUACGGUAUUCCAGCGGGGGGGUUUAGACCGUCCUACCCUGCAGCUCUCGCCAUGAACUCUUCCAUGUCCAGGUACAGCUCACCUAAUUACUCAAACACAUCCAUGUAUCACUCUUCUGGAGACGACAUACAGUGAAGACUGGACUUCUGUAAAGAAUGCAAUCAUGUCAUUUAAUUGUUAUUUAUGCUGUGGUGUGUGUUUGACAGCUUUGUGUCCAGUCGUUUCUCUCCCCACAUGGUCCCGCCUCCCCAGACGUCUGUCCCCCACUCUGCCAUCGUUUCCACGGCGAUCAAACAGGAAGCAAGAGACAGCAACCAGCACGGGUACACACACACACACACACACACACACACACACACACACACCUUUAUCACACACACAAACACCUCUUGCUGACUCCGUAACUCUGUGCUGUGUAUGUGUGUGUGGUGUAGGAGGUGUGCUGUGUCUAUGGGGGACAGAGAGGAGGAGAAGAAGCCUCAUGUGAAGAAGCCUCUGAAUGCCUUUAUGCUAUACAUGAAGGAGCAGAGACCCAAGGUGGUGGCAGAGUGCACCCUGAAGGAGAGUGCUGCCAUCAACCAGAUACUGGGACGCAGGGUGAGUGGCAGUGUGUGUAUGCGUGCUCACACACAGUCUUUGUUUGUACAAUGUGUGUGUUCAUACUGAAAGUUGUCAAUGACCUAUGCUCCAGAAGGGUGUGUCUGUGUUAACCCUGUGUGCUUGUCUGUCUACAGUGGCACACUCUGUCUCGCGAGGAGCAGUCUAAGUACUAUGAUAUGGCCCGCAAGGAGAGACAGCUACACUCCCAACUCUACCCUGGAUGGUCAGCUAGAGACAACUACGUAAGUACUAUAAUAAUUAUUUAGUAGUGAUUUGAUUGGUUGCUGUGUGAUGGAGGAUGUGAUGUGAUUGGUUGUGUGUGUGUGUGUGUGCAGGGGAAGAGGAAGAAGAGGAAGAGAGAUGGCAGGCCAGAGACUGCUCCAGAGGGACAGAUAACACACACCCAGUCAGCUGCUCCAGAGGGUAAGAACCACCUAAUACAUCCAAGAUCAGAGAAAUAUGAAGACAUGAGAAGUGACCAACUCUGUUCUACUUAAUGACGUAACUGGAAGGUAACAGCAAGACUGAUCAGUGUGUUUUAUUGUGUCUCUCCAGAGCACUUCUCCCCGCAGCUCAAGAAGUCGUGUGUGUCGUAUGGAACUCAGGAGAGGCCCAGUGUGUCUCAUACACACCUGACACACACACACCUGUCCCAGGCUAGUCCCGCCUCCUCUCUGGACUCUCCAUCCACGCCCACCACUGCUCUGGCCUCCCCUGCUGCUCCCGCACCCACACACACCGAACACACACACUCUCACUCUGAGCACACACAUCCUGAGCAGGUCCAGCCCCUCUCCCUCACCACCAAACCGCCUCGUCUGCAGUCACACAGGGACACACACGGUCAGGCUUACACCCACAUCCAGUUUCACACACAUCCACACUUAUUAACUCACACACGCCUCCCCCCGCCCCCCACCCCCAAUACCUCUUCAUCUCCAUCCCCCUCCUCCUCUUCUUCCUCCCCCUCCUCCUCUCAUCCCCCGUUUUCUCCCCACAUGAGCUCAUCCAGCAAACAGACUCCGCCGUUCCUGUCUCGACCAAUCCCCUUCGCCUCUGGCUUAGCUACUCCCACCUCUAUCCACCAAUCAACGAUGAGCUCCCAUCAUGCCAUGCUCCAGUCCCAGCCUCUCUCCCUCGUCACUAGAAAUAAUAAUUGA